AUACAGAAAAGAAAAACUAACCCGAAUUUUAUUCCAAAAUUUUGUAUAUUUUUGUUUCUUCCUUUCUACAUUGUUGAAAGGAAGACCUGACCUACAAAUCGUAGCGACUCUUAAACUAGUAAUUUCAAAAUUUGUGGAUUCGUUCUUUCUCAGGGAGUGAAAUGGUUUCGUACUAGACAACAAUUUUCUGUUCAUUUAGGUUUGUUUAAUUCUUAUUUCUUUAGACAUUUUUUCCUUUGUUAAAGGGAGUUAUACCCUUAUUUUGUCAUUCGUUUCAAUACAGGUUUUUACUUAUUUUUUGUGAAUUACUGUUACCAAAACCGUAGCAGAAUUCUCUUUACUCCAUCAUUAUCUGUUUUUUUACUCGAUCAUCCAUAGUAUGGCUGGAAAAGUAUUUCUUCUUCCCCAAAAUUCCAAAAGUCAACAGUUGGUAGAACUUUUACACCCAGUUACCAGACAUGCCCUCCGAUAUUUAUUAACUUCUGACCAAUUGUUGCACAUUCUAAAGGUUGGUGACUCUAAUCAGCGACGUUCUUGGUUUGUAGGAGAUCAUAUUGUCUCUGACGGACACGUCUAUAUAUGCACUCCAGUAGAUUUAGUGAUUUUUAUGCUCCCUGUGCUUCAGGAGUUGACUUGGAAUCGUCGAUCUGAACCCUGCCGUUUCAUAUCCUUCGAUGAUAUAUUGGAUCAUUUUAAUGCCCAAGGGGCUCAUUAUUCACGAGUUAGUCGAGUCCUUGAGUCAAAGCUAGAAAAUACCGUACAUCGCAUAUGUAAAGUCAAUGCAGCAAUAGGAUCAUUGCCAAGAACUUAUCAACUAGAUAAAGAUGCCGUGAUUCAGAUGCUUCAUCGAAAAUUAAGAGUUGCUGAAGAAAACCUGCCAACUAGUAUCAUUCGUGAGCUGAAUCAUCAGUUAGCACCAUUAGAUUUGGACAGCCCUAUUCCUGGAGACAUGUUCCAGUUGGCAUGCAAAGAGCAUGCUGCAUAUCUUGUUUUUGAAGACUUUUCCAAAGACUGGUUUAAUCAGAUAGCUUCUUGGGAGAAAGAAUUACUAUCUUUGCAUAUAUACGUGGAACAACUAGCCGAAGAACGGAGAAGACUGAAAGAAAAAGAAGAAAUGUUGGUUUCCCGGAAACGGCCUCUUGGUGUAAAUAAUGACUCAAAUGCCAUAAAGUCAAAAUCUACAAAGGGUAAUAGUGGGACUAGGAAAUCUAAGCAGUUUUCUGGAGAAGGCAUGGCAAAAAUAUCUUCAUUUUUUCAAAAAAAAUAAGAUACCCUUUUCUAUACAACCAUCACGCUACUUUUUUAGUGUUUCUAAAAAGAGAAAGUGAAAAAUACUUUUCGUUUUUCUGAAUAAGAUUGUUAUUUAACCUUCAUUUGUUCCAAAAUUGUAACUAUAUUUUAUUUUAUCCUUCUGUUGCUUCCAUUAAUGAAGCCAUUUGGAUCGAAAAUAUUCAAGUUCGUGAAUGCUUUCCAUGAUAUCAGACAAUGCACGGUGGUCUCCUUUUUUCUCGUAGGGACGAAUAUCAGGGCGCCAACGUUUCGCUAAUUCUUUGAUAGUAGAAACAUCAACAAUACGGUAGUGCAAGUGCUCAAUAACUUUGGGCAUUUCAAUGGCUAGAAAUCGAACGUCAGCAUGAACGCUGUUUCCAGCAAUGAGAGCUACACGUUUUUCUGAGACAUAUUUUUUAAUGUAAUUCAAUAGCUGUCUUUCCACUUCUUGAACGGAAAGAGUGCUUGUUCUGCAUUUCUCAGUUAAACCUGAUUUGCCAUGUUGCUAGAAGUUAAUAUUAGCAUUUCGUGCCAAAAAUCUUUCUUACCGCUAUACACCAUUCAUUCAUGGAAGCUAACUGCUGAUCACUGAGAUGAAUCACCGCAUCAAAGGACUGUUUAUACAGUUAGAUAGCACGUCAAGGUAGCCAAAAAAUAAUUUCUUUGAUCCUCCCUCGUAAACCUCUUUUCAGCUUUUAAGGAAAAAAGACUAGGAAGAGUAAAAGGAGAAUAAACAACUAUACCUCUGAAACCGGUUUCAAAUUACCAUCAGUAAUAAUAGCGGCCACUUCCAUUAGAACGUCUUUACCAGCCUCUAGGCCGGUCAUUUCUAAGAACCCUGUCAGUCUCUCCUUGAACAAAGUAUGUAUUUCAUUGCUUACCACAAUCGAUCCAAACAAGAGGAUUGUCAACAGAAGACAUGUUUGUAACUAACGGUGAGUACAGGGAGUGGAAAGAUCCUUGAUAGAAAAUUAGCCAAA